CCCCCGCGCUUCCGCCUUCGAAGGCAGCCCGAGCGGUCGGUCGUCGCUUAGUGGUUAACUCAUUCGUCGCUCAGAUGGCGCCAGCCAAUGGUUGUUGAGGAGCUGGGGGCGGGGCGGCGCUCCGCCACUCCCGGGGAGGAAGCGGCGGUUAUGAUGGCGGCGGCGGAGACCCCGCUCACCGGCGUGGCCUGGGCCGCUGCCCCCGAGGCGGCCCCCGCCGGCUGGACCGCGAUCACCGUUACCGUGGAGGGCGCGGCGGCCAACCUGGCCAAGGGCUUCGGGCACAAGGGCGGCGGGUACCUCUGCGUCUGCACCGGCGGAGCCCAGGCGGCUCCCGGGCCCGUAGUGACCGAUCUGCAGGUACUGAGCGACCGGAGCCCUCAGCCCCCCGGCUACACCCGGAUCCCCGAGUUCCCGGAGCCCCGGACCGGCAUCUCCCGCAAAAAGCGGGUCUACAUGAAGCUGCUGCCACUGGACACCGCUGAAACGGCCGUUUUCGACCUCAAGCUAAGCUCCAAGAGCAAAGCCCUCCCACACUACAUGAAAAUAGGGGAAAUAGGUAAUUUUGCCAUCUGGUGUAAAAAAGGGCCGGUUUUGAAAUCCAAGGCGCAGCCCCCCAUCAGCGAAGGUCUGAAGCAGCUCUCGCUCCAACCCCCUGACUCAGACCACAAGUCACCUGCGGCUCGAUGCAGCAUCAAACGCGCUUCUCAGCACGAAUCUCUGUACGACACCUCCAACAUCUACGGCCUCUCAGCUAUGGACGGAGUGCCUUUCACACUACACCCCAAAUUUGAAAGCAAGCUGAGUUCUGGCAGUAACGCUAUCCUUGCAGACCUGAAUGUUAAGUCACUUGCUGAUAUUGAGAAAGAGUACAAUUACGCUUUUGUAGUUGAAAGGACAGCUGCUGCUAGGCUCCCACCCAGCGUCUGUUAGCACCGGAGUCUACCUCAAGGAUGUAAACU